CAGAAGUUGAGUGCAGGUGUGAGGUGUGCGAAUGUAACUCUGCCAGCUGCAGGUGGGCAUUCCACACACUGCCCAGAAUUCUGGUUCUGCAGCUGAAGAGGUUUCAGGUGUCUUCAGCAUUUACUAUAUUAAAGCAGCUUAAUAGGGUCCACAUAGACAGUGAAUUACAGCUGACCCUACCAGUGCAGAGGUGACCACAAGUACACACACAUAAACCAUUCUCUCAGUUUUUCACACAAACACACACUUUGUGAAACUUAGAGUUUGUUGUGUUAUAUGGAGUUCCUGAAAAACACACCCACAAAGAGGCCAAGCCCCCUGAUCAUCUGGGUCUACACACAUCUGCAGAUGGGUGAAUCUGUGUUCAGGUUUUCAUUAGUCAGCGUGUUGAACUAUGUUGGACACAGCAUACACUCUGGACACUAUCUGAGUGACUGCUACAGUCGGUCAGGCUCUUGCUGGCUGUCAUACAACGAUGAGAGCGUCACCAUGAUGACGGAGGAGCGAGUUGUGAAGAAGAGGCAGCGCAGCGCUUAUGUCUUAUUCUAUGAGACAAAGUGAACUCUGUAAUAUAUAACCUGAUUUUCUCUCCCUCAGCUCCACAGCUCCUGCAGCCAAACUUAGUCUCUGAGCCCUGGAGAGCACACCAACUCUCUCACCUCUAGUCUCUGAUUGACAUCUCCGUGCUCUGCCCAUAGAGGUCUUCUUCCAUAGCAACUGUUACAACGUUGGUCUAACUUACAGAACGCUGGCACUCAUCCAUCUGUGCCAACUUGGGUUGAACAUUAAGGGGGCAACAAAUACUGAAAGAAAAAAUGGAAGAAAAAACUUUGUAAGGUUUUGUUGAAUGAGGCUUAUUAUUCAUAAGAUGAUUCUUUUUCUGCAGCUAUAAAAUUUCCACCCACACUGUACUUUCAAACAGCCAUUUUUUUUCUCUAUGAAA